ACGUUGCGGCGGCGCUGGCCGCGGCCCCUGCGCGCAGGGCAGUCUUGCUCCGCCGCCCCAGAUGAUGGGUCCCGAGGAUGCCGGAGCCUGCUCGGGAAGAAACGCCGAGCUGCUCCCAGUCCCGGGGCCCAUGGGUCUGGACGGGAAGACUGUCCCGGCCGCCGGCGGCUUUGGCGGAGGCGCUGUCGCCGCGGAGCCGCCCCGGGAGGCUGGAGAGGAGGAGGCGCCGCCGCCGCAUCUCCUGCAGCGGUACCUCGCGGCUGCCGCGGGCCCGCUGCAGCCCGGGCUCGGCGGGGUGGAGGCGGUGGCUGUCCCCGCGGCGCGGCGCUCAGGCAUGACCAACGGGGACUCGGGCUUCUUGCUGUGCCCGGACCGUCGCGGCCGAACCUGCGGCCGCCCUCGCCUGCAGGAGCCCGCGGACCAGGGCGUGGACGGUGCGGGUGGCCCGGACGACUGGGCCGCGCCGCUCGAGGACCCGCUGCGGAGCUGCUGCCUGGAGGCCGGCAACACCGACGACCCGGACCCCACAGCCACCACCUCUGCCGGUGGGGUCGGUGGGAGCGCGGAGCCCAGUCCCGGCCUCUCCGACGCUCGCUUCAGCUCUCGGAACACGUUCGAGGUGAGCCGCCGCCAGAGCGUCGGGGACCUCCUGCCCUCGGCGGGGCCGCCUGCACCCUUGCCAGCGGCGGAGCAGGGCCCCGGUGGCACGACGGCCUGGGCUCGACGGAGCGGUGGCUUCGCGGAUUUCUUCGCCAGAAACCUGUUCCCAAAAAGGACAAAGGAACUCAAAUCAGCUGUCCAUAGUGCCCCUGGAUGGAAACUAUUUGGUAAAGUCCCUCCCAGGGAAAAUGUGCAGAAAGCAUCCAGGAUUAUUCAGCAGGAGUAUGAAGCUCGAACAGGGAGGACCUGUAAAGUACCACCUCAGUCUUCAAGACGUAAGAAUUUUGAGUUUGAGCCACUUUCUACCACUGCCUUGAUUCUUGAGGACCGACCAUCGAAUCUCCCUGCAAAGUCUAUGGAAGAAGCUUUACGUCACCGGCAAGAGUAUGACGAAAUGGUGGCCGAAGCUAAAAAACGAGAAAUUAAAGAAGCACAUAAAAGAAAAAGAAUAAUGAAAGAACGAUUUAAGCAGGAAGAAAGCAUUGCAAGUGCAAUGGUAAUUUGGAUCAAUGAAAUACUGCCCAAUUGGGAAGUAAUGCGUAGUACAAGAAGAGUUCGAGAAUUGUGGUGGCAGGGAUUGCCCCCUAGUGUUCGUGGGAAAGUUUGGAGUCUAGCUGUAGGAAAUGAACUAAAUAUCACUCCUGAACUUUAUGAAAUCUUUCUUUCAAGAGCAAAAGAACGGUGGAAAAGCUUCAGUGAAGCAAGUUCUGAUAAUGACACAGAAGGAGCAUCUGUGGCUGACCGAGAGGCUAGUCUGGAAUUGAUUAAGCUGGACAUAUCCCGUACGUUUCCAUCUCUCUACAUCUUUCAGAAGGGUGGCCCAUAUCACGAUGUUUUACAUAGUAUCUUAGGAGCAUAUACAUGUUACAGACCUGAUGUUGGUUAUGUCCAAGGGAUGUCCUUCAUUGCAGCUGUACUCAUCCUGAAUUUGGAAGAAGCAGAUGCCUUCAUCGUGUUUGCUAACCUUCUAAAUAAGCCUUGCCAGCUGGCCUUCUUCCGUGUGGACCAUAGCAUGAUGUUGAAGUACUUUGCAACAUUUGAAGUAUUCUUUGAGGAAAACCUGUCCAAACUAUUUCUUCAUUUCAAGUCAUAUAACCUUACACCAGAUAUCUACUUGAUAGACUGGAUCUUCACACUGUACAGCAAGUCACUGCCACUUGACCUGGCUUGUCGUGUCUGGGAUGUGUUUUGCAGAGACGGAGAGGAGUUUUUAUUUAGGACUGGGUUAGGCAUCCUCCGGCUAUAUGAAGAUAUACUCCUACAGAUGGACUUCAUUCAUAUAGCACAAUUUCUUACCAAAUUGCCAGAAGAUAUCACAUCAGAAAAGCUGUUCAGCUGCAUUGCAGCCAUUCAGAUGCAGAACAGCACCAGGAAAUGGACUCAGGUCUUUGCAUCUGUAACGAAGGACAUUAAAGAGGAUAAGAACAGCAGUCCUGCUCUGAAGAGCUAACCUUUGAGUUUGUUACAAACUUAAAUGAAAAGGGUAGUUUUGGGGGAGUUUCCUGUUUUUUAUGUCCAUAGUGUGGAAGAAGUGUUGGAUGGAAGAAUCAGGAGCUGGAAAACUGCUGAGUUUAAGUUCCAUGGCUGAAGUAAACGAAUACGUAAUUUAUUGACAGUAUUAAUAAAAAAGUCCCUGGGGAAAGCGGAUUCUCAGAGGAAGCGGCCUAGGUGGCUCUUACAGACUCCAUAAUUUGGAGUGAACACUUCAAUGCAAUACUUUUUUAAAAACAGCUUCACAGAAACUUCAGUUUUUUAUGUCUUUCCUUUUUUAACAGUUGUCACAAACUCACUUCUGGGGUUGGAAUAGGGUUGUUGAAUACUACUUUAAUCUCUAUAGAAUACAUGCAUUACCUCCAGUUCUGAGCUUUGAAGAUACUACAGAGCAGUGGUAAGCAGCUUGAGUCCUGUCAGUCAGGAAGCUCUUGCUUACCUCACCCCUCGGCGUGGGCAGCUCUUGUCCUCUAGACCUGGAAUACUGGUGGGACAUCGUUCCCUUGUUUUGUUUAUGGUGUUUCCCAGUGUUGUGUCCCUUCAUUUUUGAAGAGAAAUUCUUUUUCUAGGGAAUUUCUAUCACAAAAGAAUUUUAGCCUUUUUGUUUCUUGUCUGACAAAUUGUUAUGUAGUAACUUAACAUUAAAAAAAUAAAUAGGUGGUAGAAGUAAACAUCUUUUUGCACUUUAGUGGACUGAAGACUUGACUUUGAGAAUAAGAAUAAAAAAGCAAUGAAUUCUAAGAGUUCGCGAUAAUACACUACUUACAAGACUUGAAUUUUUUAAGUUAAAAUCCACCUACCUAUAGAAAACAAAUUUUAAUAAUUUCAGUUUGAAAUUUGAAAUCUUAUAUAGCUAAGUCCACGACUUGUAAAACUCUAUGCAUAAUUUUUUCUAAUUGCUGGGAAUAAUAGUAAAAGUAAUUUUACCUUUUUUUCUUAGUCUAAUUGAUGGUAUCUCAGAUAAAUUAUUAAUCAUUGGUAAACUGGCAUUAAAUUUAUUAUAUUAAUUUUUGAACCUAACCUAACCUAAAUCAUUUGAGUAUUAUGGUUAAUAUCUGUACAAAAUACUGUUUGUUAUUGAUUAGACUUGUACUGUUUUGAUGUUGCAGUUUGGUUUGAAACAACAUAGAAACAUGUUUCUGUUAGUGGUAGCCAUACAUAUGUAGUUGUUAGACUAACAAGCCAGAGACUCCUCCUUAUGGCCUAAUAAACUGCCUUAGGAGUGUGGGACCAGAAGGUGUGCAUAUAUUUUUACCCUAUGGGUUGAUCAUUCUAGCCUCAGGAACCCUGUAGAAUCAACUCCUCUCAUCAUGGGGACUGGCUCAGUGAAACUGGUAGUGUAAUAAAACAUUAAAGGAGUCUAUAAGUCUUAAUAGGUUUUAGGAUGAGUUUUUAAUUCUGGGGACUAACCCUUGAUAUUGGUGUCCCUCAUAAAAGGCACAUAAUCUCUGGCAGUAAUCUCUUUGAAUUUAUACUACUGGCUUAGAUUUAAUUUUAAUUUCAUGUAUUAGUUUUCUAAGGUGAUCCUACCUUCUGUAUUUCUUUUUCUUAUUUUUUUAUUGUACAGUUUCUUUACCUUCCAAGUAUAAAUGUGUAUAUAAAAUGUAAAUACAAGAAAUUCACUAAAAACCACUAGUAGCAAUUACUAUGAAAAUAAAACUUGUAAACAGAAUUAUGACUAAAUGAGUCUUUAUUACUUUGGUGUGAUCAGGUUUAGUC